UAGUCCCGGGACGCGCGUUAGUGCCGGUCCCUCCGCCCUCUGGGUCGCUCGCACCUCGCGGUAGCUUCCCCCAGAGCCAGGGCGCCUCUCCUGCGCCCGAGACAGCGAGGGAGCGCCCCAGGGAGUUCGUGGUGCGUGCUGACACGUGCGGGCCGGCGGCGGAGCGAUUUGGGACGCGCCUCACGGGGCGGGCCCCGGUUUGAAUCGGCGCGGGCGGCGGCUGAGGCCUGAGUGGGAGCCGGCGCCGCGGGCUGGAGCUGCGGGGCGACCCAGACAGCCUCGCGGACGGGGCGUCUCGUCUGUGCGGAGCCCUUCCGGCGGACUCCGGCGCGGAGGGCCGAGGUGGGCGUGAGAGAUGGAUACCAGUUCAAAUGACAGGGGACCCCCUGAAACCAAGGCGCCUUCCCUUCAUGAAGCCGAAAACGCCUCUCUCAUUUCGGGAACUGGGACACUUGAGACUCCUCAGAAGCAUGCAGCAGACGUGACUCCUAAGCUUUGCACACCACAGACUUUUAAAUCACCUUUGAACUUUUCCACAGUAACCGUAGAGCAAUUGGGAAUUACACCUGAAAGUUUUGUGAAGAACUCUUCAGGGAAGUCAUCAUUCUACCGUAAAAAGUCCAGGCGACGCUCUGCCAUCGGUGCGAGGGGCUCUCCUGAAACAAACCACCUGAUUCGCUUCAUGGCUCAGCAGCGGGCUUUAAAGAGCACUGAGAAAUCUCCCUUGGCCCUGGGCUCCCCCUUUCAGGGCAGCCCUGGAUUGUAUCGAAAUGUUAAUUCUUUAAGAGAGCGAAUAUCUGCUUUCCAGUCAGCUUUUCACUCCAAGGAAAGCGAGAAAAUGGCUUCCUGUCCAGAAACCUCAGAGGCAGAAGGGUCUGAGGUGACAGGCUUAGCCAAGAAGGAAGGUCAAGGAGGAGGUUGGCAGCCCGGAUUUCCUGCAGAGUCUUCCUCCAAACGCAGGAAGAUAUCCUCAGAGAGCAGCUCCAAGGACGGGCUUGGCCACGCAGGGGGCUCAGGGGUGGAUCCGCAGACACCCAGGUCCAGUGUGGAUACCAGGCGCGCUGCUGGCGCCUCCUUGGCUCCUCCUGAGAUAUCACCUGAAUGUCGUUUAAGCCAGUCUGGAUGUAUAGCUGAAUGGGUUCCCUGUCCAGCAGUCACAGAGGCUUCGAAUGGACUCGAGGUUGCAGAUUGUGUGGCGGGCACAGGGUCCGGCGAUGCUGUUCCACUCGCCACGCCGCCCACAGAGGUAAGCGGGACCUCGGUCCCUGAGGGCAGAUCACCACCUCCUCCUGUAUGCAGGAGGGAAGUUUCACCCACUGAGACCUUUGUCCUCCGCUCCGUAUUGAAGAAACCUUGUGUGAAGCCGUCUCUAGACAGCUUACAGGAACACCAUACCAACCUCUGUGAUGAUGGGAUGCAUCCAAGCUUAACUUCAAAUCUUUUAAACUGUUGCAAAGAACAAAAAGCAGAAGAUCAAGAAAAUUGUAAAGUGCCCACUUUUCUAAAUAUGAGGAAGAGGAAGAGAGUUACUUUUGGAGAGGAGCUCAGCCCGGAAGUGUUUGAUGAGUCUUUGCCCGCUAACACCCCACUGCGUAGAGGAGGAACCCCUGCCCGUCAGAAGGACUUCGGUAGCCUCAGUCUGCAGCUGCCAGAGGAGUCUCCAGUUCCCGAGCCUCUGCCUCAACCCGAUUUUGAUGCCAAAGGGGAGGAUCUUGAAAACAUAGAACCACUCCAGAUAUCAUUUGCGGCUCUGAGUCCUAAUAAAUCUUCAAUCUCUGAGACUCUUUCAGGCACUGAUACCUUUAGUUCUUCAAAUAACCAGAAGAAAAUAUCCUCCUGGAAAGCUGGUAGACUAGCACGGACUUCUAACAGAAGAAAUCAGUUGACCAGUGUUACAGAAGAAAAUGUUUCCAACUUACAUAAUGUAGAAGCUCAGCCUUGUAAAGAAAAGAAAGUUAAUAGGAGGAAGUCUCAAGACACCAAGUAUGCAAACAGAGCAGUUUCUAAAAAGAAACAGGUUUUUAAAAGUGGCAGAAAGAAGAAAAGAAAAGGAAAGAAAAGUGUUGAGAAAUCUUUGUAUGGAGAAAGAGAAAUUGCUUCCAAGAAGCCCCUGCUGAGUCCUAUUCCUGAGCUGCCCGAGGGCUCUGAGGCGACCCCUUCAGUCCCAGGCAUCCGAAGGCCACAUUCAGAUGAUUUCAGCUCAACUGGCAAACUGGGAAACUUGGAGCUGCUCAAAACCCCUGCUAAGAGAGAGACUCUAUUGCUUCAGAGCCCAGAUUUGCAUUUGCAGCAAGGCCUCCAUGGAGCUGAUGCCUUUGAACUCUGCUGCUCCGAUGUGACAGGUUCCUCACUGCCCAUGGCCACCUCCGAUGAAGAUUCAGACGCAAACGCAGACACUGACGACAGCGCAAAUAUUCCAAAGGCAGAAAAUGAGCAGGAAUUUGAAAGUGAACUCAAAACUGAGUUGGAGACCGAAAGCAGCCAUGCUUCUUCUGCGUCUGUGACCAGGGAACACCGUGUGUCAGAUAAUCCGAGACCUGAUCUUAUCCCACAGCUCCAGGAGGUUGCUGUUGCUGGUCAGAUUGUGGAAAAGCUUUGUCAGAUCUUUAAAACUGCAAAAGAUAUAAACAUAAAGUUGAAGGAACAGGAUGACUUCGUAGCUACAGAGGGAAAACUGCAGUGCAACUCUAUGUCUGACUCACAGCAAGAAUUUAAUUCUUUAGAGGAUGUCCUCAUCAAAAAGAGCAAAGAAUCUGAAAGCCACAGUGAGGAUGCAGAAAGUCAGCCAGCAGAAAGUGGGAGCGUUACAGGUUGUAGAGGAGGGAAAUGCGGACAGCUCUCCCUGUGCCGCUCCGAUGCUCACAGUGUCUGUUCACAACAAAGCGGGAAUCACAGUCCUUCCUAUGGUGGCGUGGGAAGCUCUGCAGAAGUGAGUCUCAGGAACUCCGAACUCUGUAAAGAUUUAUCUGACGCCAUAGAGCAAGCCUUCCAGAGAACCAGUAGUGAAACCAAAGUGCGGCGGAGCACAAGGCUCCAAAAAAAUUCUGAAAACCAAGGGCUUGUGUGGCUGUCACUUCCGUUUCCUUCCACUUCCCAGAAAGCCAAAAGGAGAACGAUCUGUUCGUUGGAUCGCAGGGAAUUUGAAAGCUCAUCCCCUAGAAAAGAGACCGUGUGCUCCGGGCAAAACCCAGGUGUGGUGACCUCUGUGUCAGGUGAAGAAAGCAGCCAGGGGCAGGCUGCCCUUGGCUCUCGUGUACCUGGGAAGAGGAGGAAGAGCUUUUGUGCCUUUCCCAAGGAGAAGGCAGAGAGCUUGGGUGGCGAGAACUAACACACACCCCAGAGCAUUUGGCUGGAGAGGUAACCAAGCCUCAGCAUCUUCCUUCCAGCUCCCAUCCUUGGUUCAACUACAGUUCUCGAAAGUUUCAAAUACAAUCAUCCGUGAUUUUUAAGUAGGAAUAAGUGAAUUUCUUCAUCAUUCCAAAAUCAAAACAUCCUCUUAAAUGAGUGUGUUCUCUCUCCCCAAAUAGUAAAUGCUUUUGUUAGUAUUUUGCUUAAAAAUAGUUUUUAUACCUAAAGUAUGUUUCUGAAUUUUUAUUUCAUUUAAGUACACAUUUAGCCCCAAAGGUUUAGACUCUGCUGUCAAAAACAUCCUUUAGAAUUGACUGAUUAUAUCUCAGUAAGCUGCUUUUGUAGAAGAUAAUUUGGUGGAAAUAGUGGAACUUUAUGAAAAUGAAGAUAAUAAUUCCAUGUGAAAUGGUAUGAUAUGUGUGUUUUUAUUUUACAGUAGGGCAAAAAUGGUUAAAAUUCUUAAAAAUAAAAAUUACAAAGUUUUUUUUCUCUUUGGGUUAAAUGUCAGAGAAGCUUUCAUGACUUUGCUGUUCUCAAAUGAGAGUUUUGCUUUUAUCGUUAAAAUAAAUGUGAAAUUUCAGAAAAUUCUUUGGAUAACUGGAAUAACUCUAAUGUGAAAGCACCGUUUCCUUAAGGUUCUGUGCCUUGUUGGGUCCCGCAGUUUAGUCUUUUAAAGACCAGACUCCCAAAUUAGUCACAGGCAAUUUGGGAGUGAAUUCAUGGUUUGCCAUAAAAAUAAUUUUGAAAAACAAAACUUCUUUUGAAUGGGCUCUGCAAAAUCAGUUUACGAACAAGUAGCACGGUGGUCCAGUCACUGAUUUCUUUUCACGCAGCGUUUUCCAGCAGCUCUAACUUUUUAUUUCAUGCUACCCAGGACCAUCUCAGUUUCUCUGGGUCUGCUUUUUGCAAUAUUUCCCAUGGCUGUUUUAGUGAUAGCAGCCUGAAAACCAAAAUUGCUGUAUAUCUGGAAUUUGUGAACCCACAUAAAUCAUCGUAUCAUUCAACAAUUGUCUCUGAAAUCCUUUAAAUCAUUAAGCCCUCCCUGGCCAUGAUAGCAGAAACAUGGUAACAAAUAGAGCUCCCUAUAAAUAACACAACAGGGAAGAAAGCUCCCGCUGAGCGGCCCAUUUCCCCCUUGUAGAUGGAGACUAUUUGUUACGUCGUCCGUGGCACCAGCGGGUCUGGGACUCCCGCUGCUAAAGACUGAUGUAUUUUACAUUAACACUCAAAGUGAUCCCCAAUUUCUUCUGCUCAAGGGUGGAUUGUUUAAAAAUUUCUUUUAUCUUUACAUGUAAAUUAUUUAUGGGCUUUCCCCCUCAUUUAGGGUUUGGCGUGGUUGCCAGAUCAAUACCACUGAAAGCAAACUUUAGAAAAAGAACUAAUUAUCUUCUUAGGAGGCUUUUUGGUUUUGAUAAUUUGAAAGGAAAACUUCACAAAUCUAAGUGUUAAAGGAUUUGAGGUUUUAUGAUUUUUUAAUUUCUCCUUUGUUUAAUAUGAAGGCUAGAAACCGUUGUUAUUUGCCCUCUUUCUACUUGAUGAUAAUAUAUUGACUCAACUGUAUUGGACUUCAGAAUAUUUCACGUUUAUUUCUCAAAAAGGCCUAAUGAAGAUGAAGGAACUGUUUUGACCUGUGAUUUUUGGCUUGGUUUUUCUAAUGUAAAUUUGUUCUUAUUUUCUAACACCUACGGUUAAAAAUAUAAACACUUUACAGUCCUAUUGAUUUCAAAAUGUUCAUUAUAAAUAUUUUAUUGAUAUCUAUAAAUAACAAAUGGACAGUUUCCCUGAAAAGAACAGGUCUGAAAAGUCAAAGUUUAGACUGAGUUUUAUCUAGCAGGUCUCACUUUUGUUAAAAGAUUUAUAAAGUGGAGCCGGGGAUUUAGCUCAGUGGUUCUACCGCCUGCUUCACAAGCGCAAGGUCCUGAGUUCGAUCCCCGGUACCAAAAAAAGAAAUUUAUAAAGUUAAUUCUGUGCUUGAUCGUGCUUGUGUGCUUGCUUCUUUUUCAGUGUUUUCAUUAACAGUUAAACAGUUGGCUUCAAAAUAUUUUCUUUCCUAUCUUAUCUUUUUUAUUGCAGUACCCAGCCCUGGACAUUUUGCCCAAGUCCUGCUAACAUCAUCCGCUUCCCUCCUGCAGAUUCUUUUUGGCUCCAGUAGAUGGUAGCAUGACAUCUGGAGUUUUCCCUUCACUAUGUGUAUCCUAAAAGCAGGGCAACUCUUACUGCUAUUUCCUGUUUCCCUUUACUUUUCCUCAUUUUUAUUACAGGAAUAAUAAGUGUCUAUUGAAAAGGCCAGAGACCUGUACAGAAUUAAAAAGUAGAAACAGAGAGAGCUCUCUUCCUUUUCCGCACACUUUCCUCCCAGGGCUCUCUGUGUGUGAACACUGCUAACAGCUCAUUCCCCACUUCUUUCCUGUUACACAGGAGUACGGUGUUACUGUUUGCUUGCAGGAUCGCUGCGUGUGCCAUUCUGCAACUUGACUUGCUUAUACCACAGAUGCGGUGAGCAUCCUUCAGUCUGACCGACAGUACUCGGGCCAUUUAAGUCUUUGUCAGCCCUGCGCAGAAUUAUGUAUUUUUGACAUCUGUGAUCUAGGUUGCCAUGUCCUUAAUAAUGGGUGUGAGUUGUCUCUAGCUUUUGGUCCUGAGAAUUCUGCCACAUUGGGCUGGUGUGAAAACGUCUCUGAAAGAGAAAUUCUUCACAAUUAAAAUGGAUACCGAAAUGGUUCUCUUCCAUAGAUCUUUCCUGGCAAGCUCCCCCUACAAACACUUUUCCAUUUUCCUUUCUGUCAUUUUCUCCUCUUGCUGCUUCGCUCUCUCUCCCUGGCUCGCUUUCACUGGAGCUCCAGAACUGAGGGUGAAGUUUGCAGCUGGCAGAAAAAGCAGAAAAUGAUUGAUAGUGCCUGAUUCACGCUUUAGAUUGAAAGAGCUAUUUUUAAAGUCAAAUGUAAAGUAACUCACAGUAAAACACACUCUUUAAGCAUACAGUUUGAAUUUUGGCGAAUUUACACAGUCACAUAACCGUGAUGAUAGUCAAGCAAUAGAACGUUCCCACCAGCCCAGCCUUCACAACUGCUGAUCUGGUUUCUAUUGCGUUUGUUCUGCUUUUUCCAGAAUGCUCCAGAAACGGGAUCGUGCAGCAUACAUCCAUUUGUAUCUGGUUUGUUAUAUAAGCAUACUGCUUCUGGGAUUCAUUGAUGUUGUGUGUUAUAAGUAGAUGAUACCUGUUUGUUACUGGGUAGUAUUCCGUUUUAUAGAUGUACCACUGUUUAUCCAUUCAUCACUGGAUAUUUGGAUUGUUUAUGUGUUUUGGCUCUUAAUAAAGCUGCUGUAAAUGUUCAAAAUUUUUUAACA